CCGAGCAGGACGCGAGGUGUGGAGUGGCAGGCCUUGGAGCUGGCAGUGAGCUGAGAGUUGGUCACAGCACUCAGUUAUUCACUCCAGAGCCAUAGAAGGACGUUCCCCGGCCAUGCCAGGUUCAGGCAGCCGGGGCUUUAGGAAGAUGCACUCACAGCAGCCACGCAUGGAAGGCACUGCUGCAGAAGCAGCAAGGGGGAGCGGCUCGCCAUCCCAAGAUCCCCCCAGCCCAGCACAGCGCAGGGGCAACACGAACACAGAGGUGGAGGACCACUGUCCCAUCUGUCUGGACAGCUGGAGGGAGCCCAGCUUUGUGAUGCCGUGCCUGCACUGCUUCUGCUAUGCCUGCAUCCGGCGGUGGGCCAAGACCAAAACCCAGUGCCCCCUGUGCAAGGGGAAGAUGACCUCCAUCCUGCACUCAGUGCGGGCAGAUGAUGAUUUUAAGGAGGUUUUCAUCAUUCCACGUGCGACACCACCAGAAGUCCCCCCAGCAGGAAAUGCUCACAGAGAGCCAGAUGCUCCCAACCUCCCUCGCCCUGAAGCACAUCAACAGUGGGUGGCAGAGGGAGAUGGCCAGCAUUUCCUGGGUGGUUUCUACCUCCCAAACUGGAUGCGCUGUUUCUCUGCUGGCUCAGCAUUACAGCAGACUCUGCACUCAUGGUUCCGUCAGAGCUUGGAGAUGCUGUUUGAAACGGUAACAUCCAGGACCCAGCGCACAAGUGUCCCUGAGCAGCAGCGCUGCAGGGAGCACCACCACUGUCCAUGCCAGAGGGACACCCGUGGUACCACAGGGCAGGAGGGCAGCUCCUCAUCUCCUACUCCUGCUCCAGCAAGAUCCAGUGCGGAUGAGAUGCCUAGCACCUCAUCUAGUGCCAUUGGUUGGGGUCCAAGUACACACCCCUCUGCUUCCACUACCACCCAUGUGGAGCAACAACCCCAGGAGGAACAAGAGAGGCUGCGCCCAGGCCUUCCUAGUUUUUUUAGGAGAGGUGAUCCUUCACUUAGGGGACCACAGCGACCACGAAAAAGGAGAGCAAGCAGCCCCAAAGGGUUUCCACCUCACAGGAGGCCACGUUACUGAUACUGGAGGGUGUCUCCAAAAAUCAGUUUCAGUUUCUCCCAAGGAGCCAGUACUGGAAUCACAGAACAUGCCGAUCCAUCACAACCAUUGAGCUCAACUUCUGGUCCUAUGGAGGAGACAUCAAGAAUCCCACCAUGUGCCUGACAGCAUUGCUAAAAAAACACUUCUUGAACUCAGACAGGCUCGAUGCUAUGACCUGUUCCAGUAAUCCAGUAACCUCCUGGCGUGAAAACCAUUUUUACUGAUAUCCAACCUACAACUCCCCGAGAGACUCACAUCAUCUCUUUGAAUCCUGCUACUGGUCACAAGAAUGAAGAGAUCAGUACCUGCCCCUUUGCUGCUCCCCAUAAGGAUGUUGAAGAUCACAAUGAAGUCUGGCCUCAGUCUCCUCAAGGCUGAAUAAUAUAUAUAUAGUUAUAUAGUUACAGAUAGUUAUAUAGUUAUA